AUGAAGGACGCGUUGCUACAGAAACUCGGAUUGGAUGAAGUUCCUAAAAUCCAUAAGAGGGAUUUGGAGAAUCUUGUCAUUCCGGCGCAUAUCAGAAACAAGUACUUGUCGAUGCUGAAGAUGCACCACAGCAGGAGACGCAGAUCUCUGCCCAGUUUGGCGGGCAUCCUGAGGGGAAUCCCUGGAAAUGCAGGUAUGGAACCAUGAUUAUUCUCAACACCUGGCAUGUAAUUUGAAACACGAUGCAAAUUAUAACAGGAGAAAAGCAGAUAAAGUUUGUGCGCACUGUGCGUAAAUGCGCAAAAGGCUGUUUUACGCACCAAACUGACACUCCAGGGACAAAGCAUAAUCAAAAACUUGUAUAUGUUUUUUAAAUACAGAUAUUUCCGGGGAGUAUGUGUAUUCUGAUACGACGAGGCAUCGCAUGGUGUUCGACAUGGAGGCGAGGAUUCCGGAUAACAGCGAAGUGACCAUGGCGGAGCUGAAGCUCUACCAGCGGGCUUCCUUCCACAAACGCUUCGCCGUGGAGAGGAAGAACCACAGACCCGUGAACAAUGCCCGUGUGAGCAUCUACUGGGUGGAGGUCCUACCAAAUGGAUCUAACCGGACAUCGCUUGUCGAUUCACGGUGAGGGUUCAAUGUCUCUUGGAAACUUUGAGGCGUCACACGUUCAUCUUAAUUGACCCUGGCUGUUAAAUUAUAUUAUUCUCCGUUUCAUCUCCGUUUAAUUAAUCGCCCUUAUCGCUCACAGGUUGAUCCCCAUUCACGAGACCGGCUGGAAGAGCUUUGAUGUGACGCAGGCCGUGCACUAUUGGUCCAAGAGCCAGCAGAAGACACCUAUGCACCUGGAGGUGUGGAUCGAGGGCGAGAGACCUGGCAGCUACGCGGCAGAGAUGGCCAAGAGUGUGCGCUUUACCACCCAAGAGCAGACAGACAACACCUUGGGAAAGCCCGAGCUCAUCCUCUACACACUCAACCUCGAAGAGUACGGGUAAGGGCGCGAGCUUUUGAUAUACAGGAUAUUGUGUCAGGGUGACAAUUAGUCCGUUCCCCCUUUUUUCCUUUACCUGUCAACCAUUUGCAUUCAUCAGUCGAUUUGUAGAGCGACACAAGGACGUCAGUUAACUCAUUCACAUGUUCAGGAGAACUGUGGCAGCAGAUCACUGUCUGGUGUCUCCAAAAAAGCUCAAGCAUUUUCCCACUGUUGGGGUUUUAAAGCACACAUAAGUAUCUUCUGGACCCCUUUGUUUCUGCAGUUUUCUAACCUUCUCCCUCUUUGUCCCCCCAGUUCUCGUGGAGACUGUGAUGUCAACCAGAACAAGGACACCUGCUGCAGGGAACAGUACUUCAUCAACUUCCGAGCCCUCACAUGGACACAGUACUGGAUCAUCGAGCCUGCCGGGUACCAGGCCUUCAGAUGCACUGGAGGCUGCAAACAGCCAAAGCGCAACUACGGCUAUGGGGAGAGGCGGUGUACAGUGUCAGAAAGCGCCCCUUUGCCAAUCAUGUACCUGGUGAAGAAGGGAGACUACACUGAGAUAGAAGUUGCUGAAUUCCCCAACAUGAUUGUGGAGAGGUGUUCGUGCACAAUGGACAAUCUCUCUUUAGUAUGA